AUGCCAACGGAGCCGCCUUCGGCUGCAGCGCAAGGAGGGCAAGAAACGGAUGUGGUGCCGGCAACUGCACCUCAGUCUGGGGUAGAUUCUUCAAAGAAACCACAGGCAAGCCAAGAGAAGCAACAAGUCUGUCGAUUCUUCAACUCGAAAAGAGGUUGCAAGGCAGGUACCCAAUGCUCCUUUGCGCAUGUACGACAGUCAGAACCGACGACUUCUGAAGCCAAACCUCGAGCGCCAAAGCAGAAAGUGGGACGUGGGGAUGGUCGCGAUGCCGCGACUCCUCAACGACAGUAUGAACCUCGUGUGGACCAGUCCAAGGUCGUAUCUCGACCAGUGACGAAAACAGAACAAGAAGAUCCACGAGUUUUCCAAGUAGGUCAACUGCGUCGUCGCUUUGCUCCUACAGAGGAACAGCUUCGAGAUGCCACCCGUUUCAAGUUCAAACUCGCUCCAAGCGAUCCCGACUUUCCCUUUGAUCUUCCCUUCUUGGAUUGUUCUCUGACCGUACCAUUGUCGUAUCCACAAACCAAGCCAGCUUUGCGUAUAACCAAUUCGGAGAUGCCACGCGGGUUCCAGCUCAAUGUCGAACGAGGAUUCGACCAGAUCAUAGUCGAAUCACCGAACGCGACUCUUCUAGGAGUGUUCAAUCGUCUCGAUAGGCAGCUCGAGACACUUCUUUCCGGUGAAAAGGCAGACACGGUCAAAAUCGUACGGAACACACCAAGAGCCGAAACUCAAGUACAACCUCGACCUGCUGCUCAGGCACCCAAGCCACAGCAGACGGUCACUACACGAAAAGUAGAAACCGCUCCAUCUUUCACCAGUGAACAGAAGUUACAAGCAGAGAAGAAGCGUCAGUCUGAUAUCAGGCAGCUUGUCGCAAGAUUGGGCCGAUUGCCAGGUUUCGUUCAGUCUUCUGACGAUAUCUCGUUCACUAUUCCUUUCCAACCUACGAAGAAGGUACCGGAAGCCUUGAGAAACCAAAAGUCGAUCCGUCUAGUUGUGCCUCAGCUUUACAAUCUACAUCUGCCUCGGAUUGAGGUCGUUGGGAACCACGAUCCUGCAGCGAGAAUGCUUGAGCAAUCGUUCCAAGAAAGAGUAAAGAGUGAGACUAGCUUGAAUUUGCUCGCUCAUAUCAAUUUCUUGACUCAGAAUGCACAUACUAUGUCUGCCACCAGAGGACCAGUCGAUGUCCUUCAUGUUCAAGAAAAGUCUCAGGAAGCACCUAAGGCCGAGGUCGUCGUCCCUGUUUUAGCUCAACCAUCUGGCACUACCGCAGACCAAGAUUCUGACAGACCCCAUAUUCACGUCAUCCCAAGACCCCCGGAAUGGAACGUCAACGACGGACCCGAUGGUUGGAGUAGUGAUGAUUCUUACUCGUACGACAGUGGAGACGAAACAGAAGAAGAGGAUGGCGAUCAGCCAGAGCAACCACCUGCCAAUACGUCCGGGCUCGCUGAGCGCGGAAUCAUGUUAUCAUUCCCCAAUCUGGAGUUGUACGGCUGUGAGCUCUUAGAGCUCGUCUCGCUCAGUAUCACCGUCAAGUGCGAGCGUUGCAAAGACUUGCUUGAUGUUCAGCGUCUGAGAAACAACACAAAGGGAGACGCAAGUGGUAUGCGCGAUGAAAUCUGCAAGAAAUGUGCCAAUACCCUCGCAGUUGGAUUUCGAGCGGACCUAAUCCACCAAAACUCCGUGCGAGCUGGAUAUCUGGAUCUUGACGGUUGUACGGUGGUCGACAUGCUUCCAAGCUACUUCAUCCCGACUUGCUCAGAGUGUUCUACAUCUUAUCCAGCUCCAGGUGUUGUUGGAGUUCGUGGAGACUCAAUUCUAGCCAUCUGUAGGGAAUGUCACAGGAAGAUGAGUUUCCGUAUACCUGAGACCAAGUUCCUGCACGUUAGCACUGCUUCGAUCCGAGCAAGCCGUGCACAGACACGCAGAAAGGUCAAAGAGAACUUGGGCAUCGUUGCUGGACAGGAGCUACCAAGACGCGGUCGUUGCACGCACUAUGCAAAAUCGUAUAGAUGGUUCAGAUUCUCAUGCUGCAGCAAAGUCUAUCCCUGCGAUAGAUGCCACGACGAGGCUGAAUCACAUCCAAACGAACAUGCUAACCGCAUGAUUUGUGGUUAUUGUUCUCGAGAACAAAAUUACAGGCCCGACGACUGCCACUUCUGCCGCUCCAGCCUCAUUGCGAGAGUUGGGCAUGGAUUUUGGGAGGGAGGCAAAGGUACUCGCGACAAAACCCGGAUGAGCAGAAAAGACCCUCGUAAAUAUAAGCGAAGACCGGGUACGAAAGUCGGUGGUAGCUGA